AUGAUGACAUCAAAGGCCUUUCUCCCACUUUUGGCCAUAAUCUUGGCCACUCGAGCAGGUGAGUGGAUAUUUAUGAAAAAAACCGACGAUUAAUUAUUGCGCUAAUUAAGAGGGCCGAGGUCAAGAUGACGCAAUUUUUGGAUGUAUGACUUAUUUAAUAUUUUUGAAAUUUUUUUAAAUUUAUGCGUAAUCUAAGCCUAACAGUAAGCAUAGAUAACACCUAGCGAAACUAAGCCUUAGUCUAUUAAGCCUAAGCCUACUAUGCCUAAGCCUACUAAACCUAAGCCUACUAAGCCUAAGCCUACUAAGCCUAAGCCUACUAAGCCUAAGCCUACUAAGCCUAAGCCUACUAAGCCUAAGCCUACUAAGCCUAAGGCUACUAAGCCUAAGCCUACUAAGCCUAAGCCUACUAUGCCUAAGCCUACUAAGUUUAAGCCUAAGCCUACUAAGCCAACUAAGCUUAAGCCUUCUAAGCCUACUAAACCUAAGCACAUGAUACCUAAGAAUAUUAAGCAUGCGAACUUUUAUAUCAGUUAUGAAAGCCUAAAACGUUAUAAUGAAAGCAUUUAUCAAUGAGCAAAACAUCUGCGUUGUUACCUAAUCUCGCUGAUAUAAUUAUUAUGUAUAGCCUUAGAGAAAUUGUCAGAAAUGUUAUUACGCAACGUUUUCUUAUUUAAUAUUAUUGAUUUAUAUAAUAUUUGCCUCGGUGUAAAACGACCCAACAAAUGACUGCGAGUGCUAUAUACGUCCUGGCUAAAUUUUUCUGCGGGGAAUCUUUUUUACCUGCCAUUUAUGAGUAUAUAAACCCAACAUCUCCUGCAUAAACGGACAUUCUAGCUCUACCUUAAACCUAAGUUAAGCCUAAGCUAAGCCUAAGCUAAGCCUAAGUUAAGCCUAAGCUAAGCCUAAACCUAAGCUAAGCCUAAGCUAAGCCUAAGCUAAGCCUAAGCUAAGCCCAAGCUAAGCCUAAGCUAAGCCCAAGCUAAGCCUAAGCUAAGCCUAAGCUAAGCCUAAAACUAAGCCAAAGCUAAGCCUAAAACUAUGCCAAAGCUAAGCCUAAGCUAAGCCUAAACCUAAGCUAAGCCUAAGCUAAGCCUAAUCUAAGCCUAAGCUAAGCCCAAUGCUAAGCUUAAAGCUUCUUUUUACCUGCCGUAUUGCGUAAUUACGUCAAAUUGCGUAAGCUUGCGAAAGCCCAAGCAUACCUAUCCCAAGCCGACUAAGCAUAAGCGUACUAUGAUGAAGCUUGCCAAGCCUAAGUCUACUAAGCCUAAGCUUACUAAGCCUAAGCCUACAAAGUUUAAGCCUACUAAGCCUAAGCUUUCUAAUUUAAAGCUUAAUAAGCAUAAGCGUACUGAGGAUAUGCUUAAACCUACUAAAUAUUAGUAUUAAGCCUAAGAAUGCUAAUUUUAAGCCUACAUGUUCUAAGCAAUCUAAUGAUUUUUAAGAGUUUUUUGUUAUUUCUGGUUUGUAAAGAAAGUUGUUGAAAAUUCAAUUUAAUUUAGAAUUUUUUUAAUUUUUAAUUUUGCAAUUCCAGAAGACACAUAUCACAUAACGAACAGUCGUGAUCAACGUGGCGUGCCGUUUGAUUCAUGGAUCAAUCAAACUCAAGCCGAGUCCAACUGUACCCAGUGCACCAUCUUCCUGAAUCACACGAGUUAUGCUGAAGGCGAGGUGCUGUUAUUCAAGAAUAAGAGGAGCAGGCACAGGGCCAUUCCUAUCAUGGGACCGAUUGGCAAUGUGAAUAGCAAGUUCAACGACGCUCUCACCUUCAAGGAGUGGCUGAAACGGGUGUAUUCUGAAGAGAAAGGUAGGGUAUGGGCAUGGUAGAUCAGAAAUUAUAUUUUAUUUGGGCAGGGUAGUUCAAAAAUUAUAUUUUAUUUGGGCAGGGUAGUUCAGAAAUUAUAUUUUAUUUGGGCAGGGUAGUUCAGAAAUUAUAUUUUACUUGGGCAGGGUAUGUCAGAAAUUAUAUUUUAUUUGGGCAGGGUAGUUCAGAAAUUAUAUUUUUUGGGCAGGGUAGUUCAGAAAUUGUAUUUUAUUUGGGCAGAGUAGUUCAGAAAUUUUAUUUUAUUUAGGCAGGGUAGAUCAGAAAUUAUAUUUUAUUUGGGCAGGGUAGUUCAGAAAUUAUAUUUUACUUGGGCAGGGUAUGUCAGAAAUUAUAUUUUAUUUGGGCAGGGUAGUUCAGAAAUUAUAUUUUUUGGGCAGGGUAGUUCAGAAAUUAUAUUUUUUGAGCAGGGUAGUUCAGAAAUUGUAUUUUAUUUGGGCAGAGUAGUUCAGAAAUUUUAUUUUAUUUAGGCAGGGUAGUACAGAAAUUUUAUUUUUUUGGGCAGGGUAAGGUAUGGUGGGAUAGAGUAGGGUAGGGUAGGGUAGAGUAGGGUGGGUAGGGUAAUUGUGUAUUACUAAAAUAGGUAACAACGAGAUGACAAAUCCGAUAAUUUAUUUACCUCGGGAUCAAAGCUUCCGAACCGUGUUAUAAAAGGUCGUACAAGGUUUAAUCCGGGAUCGGGAAUCGUGCGGGAACGCGGUUCAAAUUAUCGGAUUACUGUAACACUAUGUUAUUAUAUGUUUUGGUAGUACAUGGACAUUGUUUUUAUAAUGCUACAGUACCUACAGUAAAAUUUCGAAAAAUUUCAAAAAUUUUUAAAUUUUUUAAAAAUUAAAAAAAAAUUAUUUGAUAAGAUUACUGUAACAAUGUUUCCAUUUUCAGCGGUGAAAGUGAGUGUACGAACGACAGAUGUGGUUCGACCGGUGAUGUUACACUUGCACGCGUCUCGAGAUAGGUUUAGAGCUCCAAUUAUCAUUCAUGCUGACGUCUUUGAUAGUCCCAACAGUCAAGAGGUAAGGGUUUUGAUUAGACUUGUAAAGGGGCCAAGCUUGAACUGGGUCAAGCGGGCCCUUGUUUAGGUCUAUUUUGCCCUUUCUUCCGUAUAACUUGUCACCCGCGGGCUGCGGGUUAAAAUUUGCACUUAGAAGAGAGAAAUGGAAAGAACUUUCUUUACAAAACAAAAAAUGGCAAGAAAUUUCUUUACAAAACAAAAAAUGGCAAGAACUUUCUUUACAAAAUUCACAAAAAUAUUUUUUUUUCAGAAAUCCGUCGACGCCAGCGUCUUCAUCGACAGUGCAAAAAAGUUGUUGCCAGAAGCAAUAAUUUCAAUUGGAUGGACGCCUUCUGGAGACUUUAACGUUGUUAACAAGCUGGAUUGGCGACAAGUUUUCCGACUGAUAGAACUGGUCUAUGAUCUUGAACAACCAUUGAUAUUGAAUAUGAAACUGAAUGAUGUAAGUUAGCCUACCCUACUUUACCCUACCAUACCCUACUCUUCCCUACUUUACCCUACCCUACCCUACCCUACCGUAUCCUACCCUACCUCUACCCUACCCUAUUGUUUCUUUUUACCCAUGCCCACUAUUUUGCUUUUCCCUUUAUUUUUAUCCCCCCCCCCUUUCCCCUCCUUUAUUUUACCCUGCCCUACUUUUUACCCUGCCCACUGUUUUAAAUCGGCUCCUUUUUAUUAUACUUCUUCCCUUCCCCCGCCCCCACGUCCCCUUUCAUACCCCCCCCCCUCCUCCACCCCCCCCCCUCCUCCCUCUACUUCUCCCACCUCCCCCCCCAUUCUCAUAUAUGAAAAUCUAAUGCUCACAUUACUUUAGGCAAUUCACUCAGCAAAGCAGUUGGAAUGGCUGCUAGGAACUCACAAGCCUCAAAUCUACCUCGUGAUCAAAGGUGAAGUGACUGAUUUCGUCGAUAAAUGGGAGCCCCUAGAACACCUAACAGCCCUAGCCUCAGGGCGAAAGCUUUUAUUCGAUGUGGACGAUACCUGGCGUACCAGGCUUGGUCACGUUCAGCCUAGCCGGAAAGAAAAACGAGAUUUGGACUCGGAUCAAUGGACUAACCUGGUGUUUCCCAGUCCAUUCUCAAUGCUAUCUACCUCAAUAUUGUCGAAUAAUGGUGUGGCCUUCUUGGGAUGGCCUAACAGUUUGACUAUUUCGAAUAAAAGAAUUCAUCAGGCUCCGUUUAGUCAAAGUGUCAGUGGAAAAGUAAGUUUACAGGGCUUGAAAAGUAGAGUGGUAUGAUUUUGGAGGCCUUAAGAAGGGUGGGGGUGGAUUAAUUUGGAAGCUUAGGCUUGGUCUUAUCAGGCUUAGUAGGCUAAAUUAAGAAUUAGUAGGUUUAUGCUUAUUCUUAGUAGGCUUAGACUUAGUAGGCUUAGGCUUAUUAGGUUUAAUAUUAGUAAGCUUAAUGUUAAUAGGCUUAACUCAAUAAGCGUAGUCAUAGUAGGCUUAGGUUAAGUAGGAAUAACUUUAAGUUUUGUAAACAUAAUCUUACUUAGCUUAAGCCUACUAAGCCUAAAGUUACUAAGCCUAAGCCUACUAAGCCUAAGACUACUAAGCUUAAGAAUACAAAGUUUAAGCCUACUAGGCCUAAGCCUUAUAAACCAAAGUUUACUAAGCCUAAGCAUAAUAAGCCUACGCUUUCUCAGCCUAAGCUUACUAAGCCUAAGCCUACUAAGCCUAAUACUACUAAGACUAAGCCUACUAAGCCUAAGCUUACUAAGCCUAAACUUACUUAGCCUAAGUCUACUAAACCUAAGCCUACUAAGCCUAAACCUACUAGGCCUAAGAAUACUAAAUCUAAGCCUAAUCAACCCAAAAUUGCAAAAGUUCAGGCUUAAAACCUACGUCAGACCAUUCAAUAUUUUAGGUAUUAUUCCUGGAAAAACGUCAAACCCGAGCCAUUUCCCCAUCCCGCAAGUCCGGUCUAAGCCUGGACUUUUUCGAAACCGAACCUCAUCGACUUCUGGGUCCAGAAAUCCCCAGAUCAAUUCGAGUCUUCAUUGGCUACGAUGGCAAAGUUUCAAUCGAGAACAGAGAGACCAAGAGACGGAAAAGGGUGCUACACGGCUUCAAGGAAAGUGCUGUCAGCCGGCUGCCAAAAAGUAAUUGUUACGGAUUUAAAGCACUGGAUCGGACGUGGAGGGUGGAGGUAGAGGUGUUCACAAUGGAGUGCAGGGAUGAGGAUGACGACGAUGUGGAUCAGAAGAAGGUGUUUAAUGUAAGUAAUUAAAAAAAGUUUUUAAAUAAACAAAAUGGCAAGAACUUUCUUUACAAAGCUUCCCCCCCCAAAACUACUUUAUAAAUCAACCGUUUUCAGGAAUACCGAACCUUCAUCUCACUGGAAACUCCACCACUAAGAUCUCGUAAAGCACGCUAUGUUGCUGUAGGCAAAAGUGGCGACGGCGCCAUCGACUUCUUGGUCGAGGAGCUGCGACACAGUAGCAGUAGCGUGUUGAAACUGCCGCUUUCCAUCUGCACAUUGUUGUCUGUAUAUUUAUUUAUACGGUAUUUAGCUUAA